AUGGAAGAACAGCAGCCGGAACCUAAAAGUCAGCGCGACUCGGGCCUCGGCACGGCGGCGGUGGCGCCGGCCCCGGGCAGCCUGAGCCUGAGCCUGAGCCCCGGCGCCAGCGGCAGCAGCGGCAGCGAUGGAGACAGCGUGCCCGUGUCCCCGCAGCCCGCGCCCCCCUCGCCGCCCGCGGCGCCCUGCCUGCCGCCCCUGGCCCACCACCCGCACCUCCCCCCGCACCCCCCGCCCCCGCCGCCGCCGCCGCCGCAGCAUCUCGCGGCGCCUGCUCACCAGCCGCAGCCCGCGGCCCAGCUGCACCGCACCACCAACUUUUUCAUCGACAACAUCCUGAGGCCGGACUUCGGCUGCAAAAAGGAGCAGCCGCCGCCGCAGCUCCUGGUGGCAGCGGCGGCCGGAGGAGGCGCAGGAGGAGGCCGGGUCGAGCGUGACAGAGGCCAGACGGGCGCAGGUAGAGACCCUGUCCAUCCUCUGGGCACGCGGGCGCCGGGCGCCGCCUCGCUCCUAUGCGCCCCGGACGUGAACUGUGGCCCACCCGACGGCUCUCCGCCAGCCGCCGGCGGUGGUGCGGGUGCGUCUAAAGCCGGGAACCCGGCGGCCGCGGCGGCCGCGGCGGCCGUGGCGGCGGCGGCAGCGGCCAAGCCUUCGGACAGCGGCGGCGGCAGUGGAGGCGGCGUGGGGAGCCCUAGUGCGCAGGGUGCCAAGUACCCGGAGCAUGGCAACCCCGCCAUCCUGCUUAUGGGCUCAGCCAACGGCGGGCCCGUGGUCAAAACUGACUCGCAGCAGCCCCUCGUAUGGCCCGCCUGGGUGUACUGCACGCGCUACUCCGAUCGCCCGUCCUCCGGUCCGCGCACCAGGAAGCUGAAGAAGAAGAAGAACGAGAAGGAGGACAAGCGGCCGCGGACGGCGUUCACGGCCGAGCAGCUGCAGAGACUCAAGGCGGAGUUCCAGGCGAACCGCUACAUCACGGAACAGCGGCGGCAGACCCUGGCCCAGGAGCUCAGCCUCAACGAGUCCCAGAUCAAGAUCUGGUUCCAGAACAAACGCGCCAAGAUCAAGAAAGCCACGGGCAUCAAGAACGGCCUGGCGCUGCACCUCAUGGCGCAGGGACUGUACAACCACUCCACCACCACGGUCCAGGACAAAGACGAGAGCGAGUAG